CGCAGUGAGCGGAUCGUGUGCGCUGUUGGAGCGCAUAUCGUUUUUAUUUCUGUGUUCUUCCUAAGAAAACGUGUCCUCAACAGGUUUCCCGCAGAAUUUCAUCUUUUUCUAAACUUCUGGAUAUUGUGAGAAAAUUAUUGCUACCCAUUUACCUAAAGGAAAAGUGCAAGAAACCGGAAACAACAGUGCAAAAGAAGUGCUUUAGAGCAUCAUUGAGUUGAGGGCCGGCAACUCUCAACUCAACUCGGGCUUUACAUAAAGCGUUAAAAUUUCAAUAGAAGUAAACGGUGAAUUCAUCUCACUUUCACGAUGGCACAAACAACUGAGUUCGUCAAUGAGUUCCGCUCAUGGCGAGAAAUGGUGCUUGCGGGCAGCGCCGGUGCUGACGGCACAUCAGGAAAAAUGCAUCACCUUUUGCGGAGGCCUAGGCAAACGAAGCACCCGAAGUACCUUAGCUGCGGCGCCAGUACAGCAACCGACUACACACGACGUUUUGCUACUGCAAGAGUUCCACGAGGAAUCACCAGAAGCUGUUACCAGUUCCGGCUUAUCGAAACCACCAGAGCCUCUAGCGACCUCCUGGAUGAACACCGUAAACACGCACGCUAUAACGCCCGUCAGCAACAGCGAGCUGUUGGAUGCCGGAUCGCCUUCCGAAUGGUGGAGAUACGUCAGUAUGUUCACGGAAGAUGCGACGGUCGAUUUGUUGGCAGCCAAAUCGAUGCCAAUGGCAAUAAUCGACGGCAGCAACGCUACAACAGGUGAACAGGUGACACUAAUAGCACGAGAAACAGCGGAAGUCUGCCGAAACAAAUUUGAGAAACAAGGUAUGAGCAGCAGCAGCAGUGCUGAAAUAAGCGUAUCUGUACACGACAACGUAUGUAAUAAGACCAUCAGCAGCAGUGGCGACACCAGAAACAGCUCUGGCAUGUUGUCCAUUGGAGAUCGUAUCCCAUCAACAGGACACGGUUGCAACAGUAUUGGAACAGUUGCAAAAUUAGCGGUGACAAUGACUGAAGCCGAAUCAACAGCAACUGAUGAAUCCUUUAAACCGGAGCAUCCCUCGCAACGACAUCUAAAAAAUAUUAGUUGUAAUAGUAGCAAUAUUGGCACAAGUGCUAACUGCAUCAGCAAUACUCUUUCUGGAGAACCUUUUAAUGCCAACAUCAACAACAAGGACGAUACAGCGCUUCUUAUACCUAUACUGUCGGAUUUAGACUGGACGAACGAAACCCGCCUUAGCAACGCAUUCUUCUCCAACUCGACUGCUGACCAUCUGUGGAUUAGUUCACCGAUUAAUACCAACCAUCACAUCAACCAUAACUCGACGGAAAAGCAUGUCAUGUCCGGUGUCUGCUCUCCGAUCGAUGUCAACCGGCAUGGUUUCGUGGAGCCCAACGGCAGUCCCAUUUCCUUGCAUGAAGAGAUAGAACAGCUCUCGAGUGCUUUCGACUAUGAUGCGUCGAACCAUUUUGUUUCGGGUCUACCGUUAACAGCCACCAACAAUACCGCCACCUCUCUCGAUCCGAUAGUUCCCGGCCCACCGGAAACCGAAAUGACUUCGCUCAACAUUUUCAAAUGGUUGCAGGAGGACAUUUUUCCCCCCAUGGACCGUCAAUUAAAUGUAAUGGAGGGAUCAUCUUUUCCCAACGGUGUUGUCAGUUUUUGCAGAGAACCUUUGAGCAUUCUUGAAUCUACUUCCACACUAGUCGAAGCUGCAGCAGAAACAACCACCCACUGCAAGGGCAAAGACGAAGAGCAACUGCAGGACACCGCUUUCGAGCACAGUUUAGAUCAAGCUCAAAAUAUUAUCCACAUUUCGCACUUCAUUGACGACGGGACUCAACGACUCGAUGUCGAAUCACCUGCAAUGAUCAAGAACCACUCGCAAUGCGAUCACAACUACUCUACAAUCAAACGGUGUCGGGAGACGCAGUUCGAUGACAGUACUAUCGUAGGACCGUCGAUUGCAAAGAUGUCACGGCCACAGAGCGCAACCGAUUCUUUGAUUGUUAUGCCGUUCGAUGACUGUAGGUCCGACAACUGUUCGUUGACACUACACAAUAAAAUUAGUACUAACCAGCAAAUGGCGUUGUCCGAAAAAUCAGAAGAAAGCAUUACAAUCGCUACUUGCAUAAACACUACUACCCCGACAGAGACGGAUGCUGCUACGGCCACAAAAACUGUCCUCGGCACUGCAAGCAUUCUUUCACCAAACAGAGUGAAGCCCUGUGGUAAACAUAACGCAACGCUCAAAGGAAAUGUUACUGCUGUGGUGCCGAAACAACCAUCUAUCAACCACAAUCUAUCACUUCAGCUAUGCGGAGUCACUGGGAAUACGCCGAUUGCCCUCAAUACACCUGAUCUAACCAACGAUAUUCUUGAUUUGGAGGACGAAAAGUUUGAUCUUUUGUCAUUUAUCGAUCCAACCACCAAUGAGAAUUCGUUACAGCUAAAUACAUGCAACCUUGCCGCCGGAGAGAGAGAGACGAUCAUAGAGAAGAAAGCCAAUGUACGCCCUCUAUCAGUAUUUCAACAGUUGCAGUUGCCGGCAACCUCCAGUGGCCGAAGCACUUCCGACAUCAUUAUGUCGAAUAAGAAACAAGGCGCAAUGAAAACACCUAUUUUCCAACUACUGACUAUCGAAUCCCUGAGCCAGCUAACGUCGAGCAUCGUGGAUGAUAAUUCUUUGCCUAAUGUACACGACGACACACUCAACGGGUCUCUUUCGUCAGCUUCGUCUACCUACGGUGAUUCUAGUUCUGACGUUUCGUUCAGCACAAAGCCCACGAAGAGGCGAGGGCGACCGCCAAAAACGACCGGGGCCGUGCGUGAUCGGACAGAGUAUCAGCAUCUAAGUGAGGCUGACUGGCGAUAUCGGGAACAGCGUGAUAAGAACAAUGAAGCAUCACGAAAAUCCCGUAUCAAUCGUAAGGAUCGCGAAAUUAAGCUUGAGCAGGAGGCAGACGAACUGAACGUGCAACAUCAGAAGCUGUCGCAUGAUGAACGGCGGCUGCAGAAAGAAUGCAAACAGUGGCGAAAGGCGGUCAUGAAGCUAGCGCUACUCUAGAAACCCUCGUCGUGAUCAUCGUCAGUUUUGGGAAUAUAAAAAACAAUUGGUACCAAUAGAAUGGUCAAAUAUUGUGCUAUUACCAUCUAUCUAUCGAUGCAUCGAGAAAGGAAUCUUGAAAGUAGGUGUAAGCUUAACCGCUUAUAUAUUUUAUACAUUUUAAAAUAUGUUUUUAAGACGCAAAAAGCAUUUUGUUACAUCACUUAUUAAUCAACAAAUUAUUGUUUCGUAAUUUAGACAUAAUUCAUCAAAUCCGUUAAUAAAUUUUGGAAUU